GCAGCAUGUUGUGAAACGGAGGGGGGAGUUUUUUCUCCUUCUCAACCUCCUCCAUGCUGCUUGGCUAAUUUUAACCUGCAUGUUCAACGAGCACAAGGACAGAAAGCAAAGCAAAGAGACAAAACAGAAAGUCUGAAGUCUGUGCUGGAGAUUUGGCAUUAAAGUCUCAACAGAUACAAACUCCUGUGGUUAUGAGUCAUCGUUCUCGAGCCUCCAGGGUGAGGCAGCAUGUCCACUGUGACUCCUGCUACAGCCGGCGCUGCAGGACUCGGGUGGAGGUCUCUGUGUGCUGUGUGCUCACCUCCUGCCGCCUGCUCUGUGGAGCUCUCUUCCACCUGUGCAAGGAGGAGGAUCACCUGCUGCUCUGCCCCAACGUGAGGGUGCCCUGCCUCAAUGCUGGGUACGGCUGCCCCCUCCACCUGCCCCGCUCUGCACAGGCUGCUCACCUCCAGGUGUGUCCAGCCAGCGUGGUGUGCUGCUCCAUGGAGUGGCUCCGCUGGCCGACGGACGACACAAACCCACACAACGACAAAGCCCUGCAGGAGAAUGUGCUGAGGGAAAGCAAGGAGCAGGGGGAGGCCUUGGAUCUGGCCAUGGCUCUGGUCGAUCAGUCAGACCUUUACGGCCGCCUGAAGAUGAAGCCCCUCUAUCCGGAAAUGAUGGAGGAAGAAGAGGAGGAAAUUCAAGAUGAGAAGGAAGAGGAGACAGCGGUUGGGUUUGUCAAUGGUGUCGCAAACAAAGAUAACUCUGAAGGUGUCCAGGAGUAUGAGAAUAAUGUUGCUGAAGAAACUCCACAGGACAGUGACGGACAAGUUCUGAACAAAGAGAACUACAACCUGUGUGAGUUGCUGUUUAGCAUGGAUAAAGGCGGAUGUGCUGCAGCUGAGGAAAAGCUAAACAAGCAGAAAGAUUCGGCAAAACCCGUUGAGAAGGCGACAGCCCAGAGUGAGGAAGAUCCAGAAGAGGCUAAGAGGCAGAAGAUAACAUCUGAAGCGCACAAAGACACAACUGGUUCUUCUGAGUCCCAAACAUGCCCUCCACAGGACAAAGUCAAGUCCGGGCAUGCACCGUGGCAGGAGGGGGUGCUGGAGCGCCUGGGCCAGGAGCUCACCCCACAGGAGUACAACAUGUACAUGGUGCAUCACGGCCGCAUGCUGCUCGCUUUUGGUCAAAUCGAGGCCUGUACUCCGAGAGAGAGGGAUUUUGUCUACGGCAACUUGGAGCCUAUUCCCGUGCAGACGUUGCGCUCUUUCAAGGUCCCAGUCAGCUAUCACUACAGGCAGCGUGUUCAUCUGUACGACACAGCUGUUCGGGCUCAGAGUGAACCUCGGUGUGUGGACACAUCCGACCUGGGAGCCAACGAAGACGACUGGUUCGCCGAUGAGGCAGCAGCCACCCUGCUUGGCUACGCUGAGAGAGAAGUCAUGGGUCACAAGAUCAGCGAGUCGAAGGCGGCUGACGGGCUCUUCGUAGAUCUGGGAACGCAGACGCACUCGUUUCGCUCGGCUCCCUUUAAAAAGACGACGACCCUGGCGGAGGUGAUGGUGGACAGGCCCCUGAAGCUUCAGCUCCAGCUGCAGGCGGAGAGCGUGAACAGCAGACAUAACAGAGCCAGCUGUGUCUUCACCUUCAUCUGUGGUCACACCUUCCACCGCAGGGAGUUCGCCACACAUGUCAGGAACGUGCACAGUGACAUCCAGACGUGUCUGAGCGGAUGGUUCGAGCAGAGAUGUCCUCUAGCGUAUUUAGGGUGCACCUACAGCCAGAGGAGGUUUCAGCCAUCCACACAGGAAGCCACCGUCACCUACGACAAACAUCUGAGGAGUUUCAACAUUCGUCCGACUCUUGCGGCCUCGCUGGAUGACAGCUCACCCAGGAGCUCAGCAGACAGAGAACUGGAGGACUCUCUGAGCUCGCUGCCCUACGAGGUGCUGUGCCACAUGGCCAGUUUCCUGGACGGCCUGUCCCUGUCUCAGCUGGCUCUGGUGUCCCAGCUCAUGAGGCAGGUGUGCUCGUCUCUGCUGCAGGAGAAAGGGAUGGUCAGCCUCCGGUGGGAGAGGAAGACCUACUCACACGGAGGAGCCAAGUGGAGAGCCAAACCUGUGUGGGAGUUCAGUCGUCUGUUCUCCUCAGUGGAUUCGUGGCACAUGACAGAUGUCCCUCCGAUAUCAGCUCAUCUGAAAGUCUGUCCUUACUACGAAUCCUCUGUGCACCGUGAGCGGGUUCCCCUGCCCAGCAUGACUGAGAAGCGUGAGUGCUGCCAGGAGCGUCUGAGCCUCGUCAAGCAAUUCACAGGAAAUUGUCAGAAAUAAUGAAAACUCCUGUAUUCUGCCCACUGAGUUUCCCUCUGUAUGGACCAGAUUAUUAUGUCUAACAACCAUUUUGUCACAAAGUGCUGCACUGAAUAAAUAUAGUCUACCUGAAUGUCAUA